AGAGUGUACUUCGCAAACAAAUUUAAGAACCUAGGCUAUCCUGUUUAAUAACCAAUCCUUGCAAUGCGGUGGCAAGUCAAAUGUCAACCAACCUAACCUUAAAAAGUUAUGUCAAAGGUGUAAAAGUCAAAAUAAAUAUUCCACAAAAACACCUAUAUUUUAAAAUGAGUUUAUCAGGAAGAAAUCGUUCCAGUAUAUUAGAUAAACCUUUAAGUAAAGGCAAGGGCGAAGUCUCGCUUAGUUGUUUUGCUCUGUUAUUUUCAGAAGUAGUGCAAUAUUGCCAAAAUAAAUCGCAAACAGUUCCAGAGUUGCAAAAUAGAUUACACGAUUUAGGAAAACGAAUAGGUGUGAAACUUAUUGAUCUCUAUUUUGUCAGAGAAAGAGCAGGAAAACGUGAAAUAAAAUUGUUGAAUAUUUUAUUAUUCGUCAAGAGUACAUUGUGGAAAGCAUUAUUUGGCAAAGAAGCUGACAAACUAGAACACUCAAACGAUGAUGAAAAUACAUACUAUUUAAUGGAAAAAGAGCCUAUAGUAAACAGAUUUAUAUCAGUACCUAGAGAUAAAAGUAGUCUUAAUUGCGCCGUUCUCAUAGCUGGAAUAGUAGAAGCAGUAUUGACGGGAACUGGAUUUCCUGCAAAAGUAACGGCUCAUUGGCAUAAGGGAACUACUUAUAUGGUAAAAUUUGAGGAAGCAGUUGUGGCAAGAGACAAAAAUCUAGAAGAGAGAUAA